AUGUCGGGAGAAAUCGAGAUCCCGGAGCCUUCUCGCAUCCCUGUUCUGGGGCAUGUGACUGAGAUCGACACGGAAUAUUCUUUGGGGUCCUUUGUGCACCUCGCGAACAAAUUUGGCCCUAUCUACAAGCUUGAUCUGCUCGGUCAGAAGCUGGUGUUUCUCAACACUCACGAACUAAUCAAUGAAUGCUGUGAUGACAAACGCUUCAAGAAAAGCAUCGAGGGAGAUCUUAAUGAGCUACGCGAGGCAGUACAUGACGGUCUGUUCACGUCCAAAGGCGUGGAAGAAGAGAACUGGGGCGUUGCCCAUCGCGUUUUAAUGUCGGCUUUCGGCCCCCUCGCCAUCAGGGAUAUGUUUGACCCUAUGCAUGACGUCGCUGGACAGCUCGCGAUGAAGUGGGCCCGUCAUGGACCGUCUACCCCCAUUCAUAUUGGAGAAGACAUGACGAGGCUCGCGAUGGACACGGUCGCAUUGUGCACAAUGGGUUACAGAUUCAACUCGUACUACCGCGAGGAUACCCACCCGUUCAUCACGGCCAUGUACGCCGUUAUGAAGGAGGCCGGCGACAAGUCCUUCCGUGUGUUGCCUCAGGUGUUUUACAAGAAGCAGGACAAAAAGAUGAAGGCCAACAUCAAAUUGCUACGGUCGACGGCGAAAGAGGUCCUGGACGCCAGAAGGCUGGAUCCGAACGGCGCGACGGGGCGGAAGGAUGUGCUGACAGCAAUGCUUAACACCGUUGAUCCCGUCACAGGGCGCAAAAUGACGGACGACAGCAUUGUCGACAACCUGAUCACCUUCCUGGUGGCGGGCCACGAGACAACCGCCGCAACAUUAACAUUCACCAUGUAUUGGCUGCUGAAGAGGCCAGAGGUAUACAGAAAGGUCCAAGAGGAAGUCGACAACACAGUAGCCAAUGGGCCACUCCGCGUAGAGCAUGUUGCCAAGUUAAAGUAUCUGACAGCGGUAAUCAGAGAGGUACUGCGCCACAGUGCCCCCAUUUAUGCGUUCGGAAGGGAGGUUUUAAAAGGCGAGGAGGUUAUCGGCGGCAAAUACCGCAUCAAGCCUGGGGACCAGAUCCUCUGCUUCCUGGCAAAGUCACACCUUGACCCCAAGGUUUACGGGGACGACGCCGAAGAGUUCAAGCCCGAAAGGAUGCUCGACGAGAACUUUGACCGCCUGAUGAAGGAGUUCCCCAACUGCUGGAGUCCUUUUGGCACGGGCAUGCGCGGCUGUAUCGGCCGUGCCUUUGCAUGGCAGGAGAUGGUGCUCGCCCUCGCCCUGCUGCUACAGAACUUCAACUUUGUCAUGCACAACCCCAACUACGACCUCAAGAUCUCGCAGACGCUCACAAUCAAGCCCAAGGAUUUGUACGUCCGGGCCAUUCUGAGAGAGGGCUUGACGCCUUCGUCUCUCGAGGCACGGAUGGCCGGGUCUUACUCCGCAGGCCAUGGGGCCCAACCCAAGACGACGGCCCAUGAGGCUACUGAUGGAUCGUCAGAGGCCAACGGUAUCAAGGAGAAGGCAAAGCUGGCCGUUUUCUACGGUUCAAACUCGGGAACCUGCGAGUUCAUGGCCCAGAGGCUCGCCAGCGACGCCGCAUCCCAUGGCUUCAGUGCGACAGUGGACACCCUUGACACCGCUCGAGAGUCCCUGCCAGCAGAUAGACCGGUCGUCAUCAUCACCUCCUCUUACGAGGGCGAACCACCCCACAACGCCGCCCUCUUCGUCGACUGGUUGACAAAUCUGAAGGGCAAGGAGCUCAAGAACGUGAAGUAUGCCGUAUAUGGCUGCGGACACGCCGACUGGGUGAAGACGCACCAGCGCAUCCCCAAACUAGUAGACGCCUCCAUCGAAGAGCGCGGUGGUCACCGAAUCGUUCCCUUUGCUUCAACCGACGCCAAAGAUAGAGACAUGUUCUCCGACUUUGAGGCUUGGGAGGACGACACUCUGUGGCCCGCUCUCGUCAAGCAGUUCGAUGGCCAGCCUGAGGGCGAAGAUAGCAGCAUCCCCGAGGCAGGCCUGUCGGUCUCCUUCUCCACACCGAGAACCUCGACCUUGCGCCAGGACGUCAGGGACGCGCUCGUACUCGAUUCUCGCCCGCUUGCAAAUGGCGACCUGGGGCCGGUCAAGAGGCACCUGGAAGUGCAGCUGCCGUCCAACGUACGGUACACGGCGGGCGACUACAUGGCCGUGCUCCCGCAUAACCCCAAGGACACCGUCGCACGGGUGAUGCGACACUUCCACCUGACGUGGGACUCUCAUGUUACGAUCAAGGCCGCGGGCCCCACGACUCUGCCUACAGACGCCAGCAUUCCCGUCUCUGAUGUCUUGAGCUCGUACGUCGAGCUUUGUCAAACAGCUUCCAGGAGGAAUAUAUCGACACUGUCACAAUUUGCCAAGGACGAGGAGCUCCGUCGCAAGCUCCAGUACCUGGCGACUGACGGUUACGACGUAGGGGUGAAGAACAAGAGACUCUCCGUCCUGGACAUCGCCGAGCAUUUCCCAUCUCUGGCAAUCCCGUUCAACCAUUUCCUCCUCAUGCUCCCGCCCAUGCGUGUCCGCCAGUACUCGAUAUCCUCGUCGCCUCUCGUCGAGCCAGGUGUCGCCACCAUUACUUACGGAGUCCUCGACGAGCCCGCCUUGUCAGGGCAGGGCCGCCAUAUCGGUGUCACCUCGUCUUACCUCUCAAGUCUGGCAGCCGGCGACCGAAUCCAGGUCUCGAUACGUGUCGCGCAGGGCGGAUUCAAGCUGCCCAUCGACGUGGACAAGACGCCGCUGCUGUGUGUCGCCGCCGGCACGGGCUUGGCGCCCUUCCGUGCGUUCAUCCAGGAGAGGGCCACUCUCCUCAGCAACGGCCGACAGCUCGCGCCGGCGAUCCUCUUCUUCGGCUGCCGCCAUCCCCUCGCCGACGACCUGUACCGCGAUGAGUUUGACAAGUGGGAGGCUGCCGGCGCCGUCAAGAUGUACAGGGCAUACAGCCGCAAACCGGAUGCAUCGAGCGGCUGCAAGUACGUUCAGGACCGUAUUUGGCGGGAGCGCGAAAUGCUGUACGACCUCUGGGACCAGGGGGCCAGGGUCUACGUCUGUGGCUCCAACAAGGUUGCCGAGGGCGUCAAGGAUGUCCUGCUUAGGGCCGCCAGGGAGAAGAGCGAGAUCGACGACGGGAAGCCGAUGACGGAAGAAGAGUUGGAGGAGUGGUUCAAUGGCAUCCGAAACGAGCGGUAUGCCACUGAUGUAUUUGACUAA